GUGAGGAAGGCAGGGAGCUGGCUUAGGGUGACAGCUGCAGGGCCAGCUCCUCAGUUUUCCAAGAGCAGAAAGGAAACCCAGCGCUUCUCAGAGCCUUCUGAUUGCACCUUAGGCAGUCACCAAAGUCUAGUCCGGUUUUUGCUUGGGGCAAGGAAUGGAUGCCCUUGUUUUGCCCCCACUGUGAAGAACUAGCCUGCCCCAGACCAACCUAUGAAAACUGGAGGGCUGGCCUUUUUUUUUUCCCUUUUUUGUUAAAGGCCUGAAUGAGGUGAUACUCUACUGCUUAGGCUGAGGAGCAGGUCUGUCUGGUUUCUGGGUGCUCUAUUACACAAGCAAGACGGCAGCCCGCCCCACCUAAUUUGGUUUCUCUGCACCCUGCUGCUCUGAGCCACACAGUCACACUGAACACAUUUCUUUUCUCUUAUGCGCCAACCAAGACAACCAGCACGGGGCAGUUCCGCGCAGUUCCCAUCCAGAAACACCUGCUAGUCCUGAAGAUUCCCUUAAUAAAGCCAAUAUCGCAAGGAAGGCUACAAUGUUAACCUUGGCCCAAAUUGUGUUGAUUUCAACUUUGCUUAUUUCACUGCCCUUGGAGAGCCAUGAGAUAGAAAAUCUAGAGAAAAACACCACACAAAGCAUUGCAGAAGUUUGGAAAACAAAGGAGAGAGAAGCAAAUGUAAAUUCAAAUAAUGAAAACGGAAAUGUCUCCCUUCCAGAGGUAACUGAUUUCCCUCCUUUGAACCCAUCCAAUAUAGCAACUUUCACCAGCACCUUGACAACCAUCAACUUCUCCAGGGCUCCAAGAUCCCCAGCCACGUUUUCCACAGCUCCUCCCUUGGUUCACGGCUUCGUUUCCAAAUUGCCUUGGAACUCAUCUCUAGUGGACCAGAAUUUCCCUCCUGUCUCAACCCACCCCAAUUCUACAGGGGCUGUCUCACCAGAAGACUUCAGUCUGAACAAUGACACCGCAUACAUUCCUGACAACAGUUCCACUGCCCCCAUCAUCCUCCCCCCAGUGUCGACCCCCAAAUCUGCGACCCCCUUGACAGUGGAACCGACUGCAUGGCCUACCACAGAGGGCGACAGUUUUGCUGGCUUCACUCCCUAUCAAGAAAACACAACUCUACAGCCCACCUUACAAUUUACCAAUGACUCCAAACUCUUUCCAAGUACAUCAGACUCCCCAAAAGAGAACAGAAAUACUGGAGUGGUGUUCGGGGCCGUUUUAGGGGCUAUUCUCGGUGUUUCCCUGCUGAGUCUUGUGGGCUAUUUCUUGUGUGGAAAGAGGAAAACAGAUUCAUUUUCCCACCGGCGACUUUAUGAGGACAGAAACGAACCAGUUCUGCGAUUAGACAACGCGCCGGAACCUUACGACGUGGGCUUUGGGAGUCCAAGCUGCUAUCACCCGUCUGUGAAUGAUUCGGCGGUGCCAGAAAGCCGGGAAAGUGCUCGGGACUGCAUCCCUAUGGGUGACAUUCCUCCUCCGCUGCACAGCGCCGUCUAGAACCGGCGCAGAGGUUCCCGCUGGCAGGGGUGCACCUGUCCCUGCCACUCCUCACUCUCACCUCCCGGGGGGUUGUGCAAGCUCACUGGCUUGUAGACUAGGCCAGGAGAGCUGUGGAGAGCCUGACACUAGUGGCAGAAACACAGUGAGAAUUCGUCCUUCCAAGGGCUUCCCUGCUCAUGACAUUCAGCUGGGCUGAAGCUCCUAUAACGAGGGGCAAUUUACGCUGUUGUCUGUUUUCCUUAAUAGGAAACAUUUGCAGAGUCAGACGAAAGACCCCGCCGCCACAGCAGCGCCUGAGGAUUUCAGACCAAAAAACGUUCAGCAAAAAUAGGGAACCCAAAAUGUAUUUCACCUCUUUUGAACAAAAACCAAAGCACUAGACUCUUUCUUGUUUCACCUGCCCUUCGAGGACCACAAAUGAAGAUUAGAAACAUUACAAAAAUUAUGCCUGAUUUUAAAAAAAAUUUCAUUUAAAGCUAGAAAGAAGAUAUGGCCCAGAGUCCAAUUCCUGGGAAAUUAAGCAAUAGAAAUGAGAGACUUGUACUCUGCCCAAUUUUACUUCUCUGUCCCCCGUACAGACGUGGACAGCCCGUGGCAUUCUUGCUUUGACAACGACUGCUUUCAACAGGCUCAUGCUGGGAAGCCUGACCCUAACCAGGAGAGUAACGCUUUCCUCAGAGGUCUUCCAAGUUCGAAGGACUCCAACUUGUCUAAAUGUAUUUUAGAUUUCAAUUACUUCUGUGCCUCCACACUCCAUGAGAAAUGUGGUGAAAAUCAGCCAAAGCAUACACUCAGAAUGUAGUACGGGUUGGAGCUGUUCAGAAUAGGAUUCAUAUAAGGAAUCGAGUCAUAUAAGGAAUAGAUUCUGCAUCUCAAAGUAUAUGAAGCAUAAGGAAAUAAAAGAGUGGGGACAUAAAACAAAGACAACUUUUCAUCAUCACUUUCCUAGGUAACAAUACACAGAGCCUAAGGUGGAUUGGACCAUCUCUCAGUUUGUCACGUGACUUGGGCAGCAAAAGAGUACUUCGUAGUGUAGGGAGAUCUAGGCUGUAGUGGUUAGAAGAUUAGAUAAAG